CGGCCCCUCGAACCCAGCUCUGGACUGAGUUGUCCCCUCCGCCGCCGGAGCGGGGCGCUGCGCCACUUGGUGGGGCCGGAAAUUCCCGCGGCCUGAGUGGAGGAGCCGAAGCCGAGAGCGCGGCGCCGCCUUCCACCUCCCCGGGACGGGCGGGGGCGCUGGGCCCUGCGAGGGCUGGGCUGCCUGAGUGGGGGCGGGGGGCCGCGUCUGCUAGGAGCUGCGGCGCCGGCGGGCGGGGAGCCUGACGACGCUGCUGUUCGAGAGCCGCUCGGCGAGCUAGGAGACCCUGCGCCCCAGCUCUAGGGCCCCCGCCCCCUUGCGGUCUCCGCCUCCUUCCCUCACACACCCCCCGGGCCGUCCGAGCCCCAGGCCUUCCCGGCGCUCCUCCUCCUUCUCUUCACACUCGCCCUCCGACCCGGGUCCUCCAGCCGCCCGCCGGCCUUGCUCCCUGCCGGGGGAGUUCUCGUUCUCAGGCUCUUCUUACACACACAGACUCGCUUGCGGGGCCUCCCCUCCUCACGGCCCUCCACCUCCUUGUCCUAGCUGACGCCGCCGUCGGGGGAGGAUUGAUGUCCCUUCAGCAUCAUGCAGCCGCCGCCGAGGAAGGUGAAAGUUACACAAGAACUGAAAAACACUCAAGUUGAGCAGAUGACAAAACUUCAAGCCAAACAUCAAGCAGAAUGUGAUUUGCUUGAAGAUAUGAGGACAUUCAGUCAGAAGAAGGCUGCUAUUGAAAGAGAGUAUGCACAGGGUAUCCAGAAGUUGGCUAGUCAAUAUCUGAAGAGAGAUUGGCCUGGAAUAAAAACUGAUGAUCGGAAUGACUACAGGAGCAUGUAUCCUGUUUGGAAAUCUUUUCUUGAGGGAACAAUGCAGGUAGCCCAGUCUCGGAUCAAUAUAUGUGAAAACUAUAAAAACUUCAUUUCUGAGCCUGCAAGGACAGUGAGAAGCUUAAAAGAACAACAACUAAAAAGGUGUGUGGACCAGUUGACGAAGAUCCAAACUGAAUUACAAGAGACGGUGAAAGAUUUAGCUAAAGGCAAAAAGAAGUACUUUGAGACUGAACAGAUGGCUCAUGCAGUACGGGAGAAAGCUGACAUCGAGGCAAAAUCUAAACUUAGUCUUUUUCAGUCAAGAAUCAGUUUACAGAAGGCGAGUGUAAAGUUAAAAGCCCGGCGAUCUGAAUGUAAUUCCAAAGCUACCCACGCAAGGAAUGAUUAUCUUCUUACAUUAGCAGCAGCAAACGCACACCAGGAUCGCUACUAUCAAACAGACUUAGUUAACAUUAUGAAGGCUCUUGAUGGAAAUGUGUAUGAUCACCUGAAGGAUUAUUUAAUAGCCUUCAGCCGGACUGAGCUAGAGACAUGCCAAGCUGUGCAGAACACAUUCCAGUUUUUAUUAGAAACCUCCAGCAAGGUCGUACGGGACUAUAAUCUUCAGCUGUUUUUACAAGAGAAUGCUGUAUUUCACAAACCCCAGCCCUUCCAGUUCCAACCCUGCGACAGUGAUACUAGUUUAAAAGCUGCCCAGCUGGUGGAUAUUGAGCUCUCCCCUGUCAGUGCUCUGAGAAUGACCAUAGCUGAGAGCCGACAAUUAGAAUCAGAAACUGGAACCACAGAGGAGCACAGUCUAAACAAGGAGGCUCGAAAAUGGGCUACACGUGUGGCACGUGAGCACAAAAACAUUGUUCACCAACAACGGGUACUAGAUGAUCUGGAAUGUCAUGGAGUUGCAGUAUCAGAACAAAGCCGAGCAGAGUUGGAACAGAAAAUAGAUGAAGCUAGAGAAAAUAUUCGUAAAGCAGAGAUAAUUAAGUUGAAAGCUGAAGCCCGGCUGGACCUGCUAAAGCAGAUCGGUGUUUCUGUGGACACGUGGCUAAAGAGUGCAAUGAAUCAAGUAAUGGAAGAACUGGAAAAUGAACGAUGGGCUCGCCUUCCUGCAGUGACCAAUAAUGGCACUUUACACUCGCUUAAUGCAGACCCCGAAAGAGAAGAAGGAGAAGAGUUUGAAGACAACAUGGAUGUUUUUGACGAUAGCAGUUCCAGCCCUUCUGGCACCUUGAGAAAUUAUCCACUCACCUGCAAAGUUGUUUAUUCCUACAAGGCUUCUCAACCAGAUGAGUUGACCAUUGAGGAACAUGAGGUGUUAGAAGUGAUUGAAGAUGGAGAUAUGGAAGACUGGGUAAAGGCUCGAAAUAAAGUUGGCCAAGUGGGUUAUGUGCCAGAAAAGUACCUACAGUUUCCCACCUCGAACAGUCUACUGAGCAUGCUGCAGUCCUUGGCUGCUUUGGACAGUCGGUCACACACAUCCAGCAAUUCCACGGAGGCCGAGCUCGUUUCAGGCAGCCUCAACGGAGAUGCCAGUGUCUGUUUCGUGAAAGCACUUUAUGACUAUGAGGGCCAAACAGAUGAUGAGUUAUCCUUUCCUGAGGGGGCAAUCAUCCGAAUCCUGAACAAAGAAAACCAGGAUGACGAUGGCUUCUGGGAAGGGGAAUUCAGUGGGCGGAUUGGAGUCUUCCCAUCGGUGCUAGUGGAAGAACUUUCAGCCUCAGAAAAUGGUGACACUCCGUGGAUGAGAGAGAUUCAGAUCUCUCCUUCCCCCAAGCCACCAGGCUCCCUGCCUCCACUGCCGCUGUAUGACCAGCCUCCCAGCAGCCCUUACCCCAGCCCCGAUAAGAGGAGCUCCCAGUACUUCCCACGCUCUCCCUCAGCAAAUGAAAACAGCUUCCAUACCGAAUCGCCGGGAUGCUCACAGGCACCAAGGCAUACUCCUGAGACCUCAUAUGGCAAACUGCGACCCGUCCGGGCAGCUCCCCCUCCACCUACACAGAACCACCGAAGGCCAGCAGAGAAGAUUGAGGAUGUGGAAAUCACACUGGUGUGAUGAUGGGUUUGCCCAUCCAUUACUGCUACAAUCAAGGCCAGGCUUGGCGUUUGGCCACUCUUGUUUUUUAGGCACCUUUGCAUGAUGAUGACUCUUGAACGGAGCAGAAACAAGGAGGAUUAUGUGACCGGGUGGCCUGGUGGACUCCUCCCACGUUUUGAAUAUUUUGUGCCUUUUUUUGUUGUCAUUUUCUAUGUCAUCUCUCCUACCAUAGCACAAAUCCUAGCGGGCCCUAGAAGCAGAGGAGGACAGCCCUCAUGCCUAACAGUGGUCCAUUUUUAUAUGAGACUCAAGACCAGGACUCACUCAGGGCACGGUCACAGAGAAACUGAUCAUGUGCACUCGUACAGUAUAUUACUGUGGCCACAAGGAUGUGGCAAAGAUCCUCGACUUUCUUCAAGUGGCUUUUGCUCGUCUGAUUGAGUUUAAUCAGAUCAUGUUGGCUACGUAAGGAAUUAGAAGGAGGGAUUUCAGGAGAGGCUGGCUCCUCCCCACAGUUAGUCCCCAGACCGAGAAAAGUGAAACCUUAUUGGAAAAAAGUGGACUGCCCUGAGUUUAUCGCCAAUUUCAUUAAUGCACAUCUCUUCCACAACUAACAGAUUUAAAACAGUAACAGUGUCCUUUGUAUUAAUAUUUAUGGCAUUCAUUUAGUAUUAGUGGAGCUAAUAUGGAGGGGCUGAACUAAUAGCCAAAUCUUGUCCAUCACAUAGACUUAAUAGAAAGGAGGCUGCGGCUGAAGCAGAAAUGGAACUUCCAGAUCUGAAAUGAGCCGAUUUAAUGUUCUUUUUGUAUUUGGGUAUUUUUCAUCUUAAUUUUUGCAGCAUAUAUUCUUCUGACCAGUACCUUUAGAAUCUGAGUGUCUAGGUAAAUUGGGGACACAUACUUGCCUUGUUGAGCUUCUCUGCUAGGGAGGCCCCUCGCGUCAUUUUAUUCCCAAACCAGUGCACGAGUCCUGACAGCCAGCCUGUGGCUGCUCUAGACCGGUGGCCACCCCCCGCGAGAGUGCAGCUUCCCAGGUCCCACUGACCUGACAUAUUUCCUUAGGAGGAACAACCUGUGGCUCAUGGAAACCAGCUUCUCAUGGAAAAGGACUAAAGGGUUGCACACCCUGCACAAGUGCAAACUGAUAAGGAAAAGACAAGUUCUCCAUGUCGCAAGGAGAGCCAAGAGUAGCUUUCUCUGCAGGCUAGCAAGCUCACGGUGGCAGGUGGCCCAGGGUAGGGCUCUGUCGGCUCUCCACCUCCUGUGGAAGAUAGGGAGUGCCGAACCUAGGGACGAAGGGAUUUUGCCAGUUGGUUUGUUUUUGUUUUUGUUUAAGAAAUCAGAUUUGCAGAAUUUAAUCUAAAAGUUAUAUUAUGCUUUGAAAACUCCAUCCCUCCUAAGAAUCUUUAAAACUUGAAAUGCUCGCCAAAUGUCCCCAUGGGAUUUUUGACCAAAAGUCAGGUUAUAGCUGAAGAAAUCUUCAGUUAGUCAUUUGAUCACUUCAGUGACAGUACCCAGCGACGAGUCUUCUCCGUAAUUUGGGGUUUUUGUUUUGUUUUUUGCAUUUCUUAACCUGUUGAUCUAUUUGAGGUCUUUUUGUGUUUAUCAAACUUAUUCUUAAGUUUAAAAAAGAAAUUAAAAGGGUGUUUUUUUAAGAUUUUAAAGUUCUCUGACAUGUUAAAAAUCUUCAAAGCACUUUACAAAAUCUUCCAAGUGCUUAAAUCAGGCAGUUCUCGCUACCCAGUCUUGUAUUCUCUCUUUAGCUAGCCAAAUUGUCCUUGAAUCUGGAUUUUCCACAUUCUCAGAGAGUUAUUUGAAAUCUUUUGUUAUAUUUUAAAAUAUUUUUUGGAAGAGCUGCUAAUUUUAUUUUAAAAAAACAAAGUUGUAAAAAUAUGCCUCCUUUUUAAAAAGAACCCCUCCCUCCAGGACAUGUAAUCAAGCAUCACAGUGCACAGGGCCAGGCUUGGAGGGAGUGCCUCUGUGCAGAUGUGCUUUCUUUACAGUGGCUGUAAAAAGUUUGUAUUUAUUAUGUAUAAAAUGUUGAAUAAUAAAAAAAAAUGGAAUUAA